AUGUACACCGUUGAAUUUCAAAAAAGAGGUUUGCCUCAUGCACAUAUUCUCCUAUGGCUUCAUGCGAACAAUAAAUUGAAUUCACCUGCUAUGAUUGAUUCAGUUAUAUGUGCUGAACUUCCAGACCCUAUUACGGAUCCUCUACUCUUCCAUGCUGUGUCUAAUUACAUGGUCCAUGGACCUUGUGGGUUAAGCAACAAACAAUCUCCCUGCAUGAAGAAUGGUCAGUGCUCGAAAUUCUUCCCAAAAAAGUUCACAGAUGCAACAUCAUUUGACAGUGAUGGGUUUCCCAUAUACAGGCGAAGGAAUAAUGGCAUAACAACUAUGAGAAGAGAUAUCCCAUUGGAUAAUGGUUAUGUUGUACCGUAUAAUGCGAAGUUGCUGAUGAAAUAUCAAGCUCACAUUAACAUUGAAUACUGCAAUAAGGCAAAUUCGAUUAAGUAUUUAUUUAAGUACAUCAACAAGGGAGUUGAUAGAGUGACAAUGUCGAUGUCAACGGGAGAAAAGGUGAAUGAAGUGGAUGAGAUCAAACAAUAUUAUGAUUGUAGAUAUAUUUCUCCAUGUGAAGCUGUUUGGAGAAUAUUCAAGUUUGAUAUCCAUCAUCAUUGGCCACCUGUAAGCAAGCUUUCAUUUCACCUCCCUGACGAACAACUUGUGAUAUUUAAAAACGGGGUUUUGAUAGAUAAUGUGUUAGAGCGCUCCAGAGAAAAAAUUACAAAGUUUUUGGCAUGGAUGGUUGCAAAUGCAAGAUACUCUAAUGGGAACAACCUUACGUACGCUGAAUUUCCCUCCAUGUUUGUUUAUGAUGAAGUUAAGUGUCAGUGGAGACCUCGGAAGAGAGGUUUCUCAAUUGGGCGGAUGAAUUUCAUUCCUCCAGGAACUGGCGAAUUGUUCUACAUGAGGAUGUUGCUUAAUGUGCAGCGUGGUUGCAAGAGCUUCGAAGAAUUGAGGACUGUUAAAAAUCACAUUUACGACUCAUUCUGUGCAGCAUGCGAUGCUUUAGGGUUACUGACUGAUGAUCGAGAAUUUGUGGAUAGUUUACUUGAGGCAUCUGUACUGGGCUCUGGAUUCUACCUUAGAGGACUAUUUGUUAGAUUGCUUCUGUCAAAUACAAUGGCUAAUCCACCAGCUGUGUGGCUAAAAACAUGGCAUCUUCUAGCUGAUGGAAUAGUAUAUGCGCGUCGGAGAUCAUUGAAUAAUCCAGAUCUUACUAUUGAUGAUGAAAGACUACAGGAACUCUGCUUAAUGGAGAUUGAAAGUAUCCUUCUGAUGAAUGGCAAAUCCUUAAAGGAUUUCAAGGGCAUGCCUUGCGUUGACUCUAGCAUUGUUGCUGAGUAUGGCAAUUUGCUAUUAUUUAAUGAGAUGAACUAUGAUUCAAUUGAGAUGGGUCGAUUGCAUUCUGAAUAUGUGCAGAAGUUGAACACAGGCCAAAUGAAAGUGUUUCUUGAAAUAAUGGCUGCUGUUGAUAGUGAUAACAGAGGUUUCUUUUUUGUGUAUGGGUAUGGAGGUACUGGCAAAACAUUCCUGUGGAAAACUUUGACGUACAAGCUCAGAUCAGAGAAAAAAGUUGUGCUAAAUGUUGCUUCCAGUGGAAUAGCUUCACUACUCCUUCCGGGUGGAAGAACUGCGCACUCGCUGUUUGCCAUUCCUUUAAACUUGAACGAAGAUUCAUGUUGUAGUAUACCACAAGGUAGCCCAAAAGCUGAAUUACUACAGGCUGCAAGUUUAAUUAUUUGGGACGAAGCACCAAUGGUUACCAAAUAUGCGUUCGAGGCACUAGAUAGGACUUUAAGAGACAUUAUGAGGGGUAAGGUCAAGGAUAGCAUGGAUAAACCGUUCGGUGGGAAGACCAUAGUUUUGGGUGGUGACUUUAGACAAAUAUUGCCAGUCAUUCCAAAGGCCAGUAGAGCUGAGAUUGUUAUGGCUACUGUGAACUCUUCCCGGUUGUGGAGGCAUUGUAAAGUACUUACAUUAUCUGAGAAUAUGAGGUUACUUUCGAACUCGUCAUCCGAAGACAGGGACGAAGUGAAGUCGUUUGCUGAAUGGGUUCUUGAUCUUGGAAAUGGUAAGUUAGGAGAGUUUAAUGAUGGGGAAAGUGAUAUUAUCAUUCCAGAUCAGUUUUUGAUUGAACAAUCGGAAGAUCCAAUAGCUGACAUUGUGAGGUUCACAUACAACAAUAUCGUUGAAGGCACUAUUGGGGCGGAAUUUUACAAAGAUAAAGCAAUACUUGCCCCAACACUUGAUGCAGUGGAUUCAGUUAAUCAAUAUGUGUUGUCAUUGUUUAAUGGCCAAGAAAAGACAUACAUGAGUUCUGACACAAUUUGGAAGGCUGAUGAACAAGUUGGUAUUGUUGCUGAUUGGAUAACGACUGAAUUUUUGAAUGAUAUCAAGUGUUCUGGAAUGCCUGAUCACAAGUUGGUACUUAAAAAAGGUGCUCCAAUCAUGCUGAUGCGCAAUCUUGAUAUUUCAUCGGGAAUGUGUAAUGGAACUAGAUUGAUUGUGAAAGAUCUUUGUCCGAAUGUUAUUGGUGCAAUUAUUAUUACUGGCACACACACAGGCAAAAAAGUGUUUAUAUCAAGGAUGGACUUAAUGCCUUCUGACCCGAACUUGCCCAUUAAGUUUACGAGAUGUCAGUUCCCAGUGUGCUUGUCUUUUGCUAUGACAAUUAACAAGAGUCAAGGACAGAGUUUAUCACAUGUUGGCGUUUACCUCCCAAAGCCUGUUUUUUCUCAUGGACAACUUUAUGUUGUUGUUUCAAGAGUGAAGUCGAAAGCUGGGUUAAAAAUUCUAAUUUGUGGCGAUGAUACUAGCAAAACUGGAGCAACUAAGAACAUUGUCUACAAAGAGUGGUUGAAUUUAGCCCCUCAUAUUGUAUAUGUUUUCAUGUUUCCUCAUUAUCCCUUCCACCACUUAAUGAUUAUACUCUAUUUAUCUGUAUGGUAUACAUACCACAAGCCGGACCCGGACUUUGUAGUGCUCCCUAAGUGGUUCGUUAAACGUAAUCCUAUUCUAAUUCCGUAUCAGAAUGUUCUUCUAACUGAUCCGGCCAACAAUACAUUUUCUUUGAGCCUUAGAACAGUGGACGGAGAAAAGAGAAUAAGAGGUUUUCAGGAAAUCUGCCAGGCGCACAACAUCAAUGGAACUGUUAGGGUGCAUUACACCUACAUUGAUGGGAGUCAAUUCAAUAUUCGGAUUUUUCUAGAUGAGUACACUGAGGUUGCCUACAUUGUCCAAGAGGAGGAGGAAUUUGUUGAUGUAGAGGAGGAUUCUGAUGAUGAAGAGGAGCUUGCUUGGUUCAGUGUUAUCACUGGGGCAAGGUCAUUCGGAAGGCAAUGUCUGCACGUCCCUGCCAGUGUUGCGAUUGAGCUUAUUCCACACAGACCUCCCACACUAAACAUCAUAUUGCCCGAUGGCAAUUUAGAUGUGUGGACAUUGAAAUGGGCAACUGCUAGGACCAAUGCAGUUGAGUUUGGUCAUGGGUGGUAUGAGUUUGGCAAGGAGAAACGAAUCCGUGCCAGGGAUGAACUGCGAUUCUAUAAGACAGAUCUGAUAGACACUUACCGGCUUGAAGUCCGCCGUCGCUAG